ACUAAAAAAAUGUCAAAGGGAGAUGAGCUAGUUCUUCUUGAUUUUUGGGCUAGCCCUUUUUGCAUGAGGGCAAAAAUUGCAUUAGAAGAGAAGGGAUUGAAAUAUGAAGAAAGAGCAGAAGAGAAUUUGUUUGGUGGAAAGAGUGACUUGUUACUAAAAUCAAACCCAAUUCACCAAAAGGUUCCUGUGCUUUUGCACAAUGGAAAGCCUAUAAUUGAGUCAACUAUAAUUGUUAGCUAUAUAGAUGAGACAUGGCCUUCACCUUCACUACUUCCUUCUUGUCCAUAUGGGCGUGCUCAAGCCCGGUUCUGGGCUGAUUAUAUUGACAAAAAGCUAUUUGAUGCAAUUCGCAAUGUUGCAAUGAGCAAAGGAGAAGCUACAGAAGGAUUGAAGAAAGAAUUGAUAGAGACAUUGAAGGUGCUUGAAGGAGCUCUUGGAGAAGAAGAUUACUUUGGAGGGAAAACUUUUGGAUUUGUUGAUAUCUUGGCAAUACCCCUAACCAGUUGGCUUUUGGCCAGUGAAAAUGUCGGGAAAUUCAAGGUUGAAGACGAUUGUCCUAAAUUUUCGGCUUGGGUCAAAAGAUGUUUGCAAAGAGAAAGUGUUGCCAAAGUUCUUGCAGACCCAGAAAAGGUCUAUGAAUUUGUGCUUAUGAUGAGGAAGAUGAUGGGGAUUGAUUAGUCAAGUUAAUGCACUUUCUUCACUUGCUUUUGAAGAAUCCCAUUAAGGUCCUUUUUUUUUUUUUUUUUAUCUUGAAAGAUGAAGGAAAAUUGUCAUUUUCCGAGUUUGCCCUGCUUCUUCUUGUAUUUCCAAUAAGAAAGGAAAUGAUUCCUUCCAUUAUCUAGAAAAUAAUAUGAUUAUGUUUACAUUGUUGCUUUAA